AUGUUGUCUCCCCAGCUUUUCGUGCUGCUUCUUCCUGUGUUAUGCUCGGCUGCGAUAUAUGAGAGCGUCGCAGAGCUCCCAAAGCUUGACUUCGACUAUGUCAUUGUAGGAGGUGGUACGGCGGGGAACGUUCUCGCGAACCGAUUGACUGAGCAGGAGGACACAUCUGUGCUCGUCCUCGAAGCAGGCCAAUCAACCGCUGACGUCCUAAUUUCACAAAUCCCGUUCUUAUGUCCACAAGCGACGCCCAACACGGUUCUCGACUGGAACUUCACCACGACCCCCCAACCGGGGUUCAAUGGCCGUGCUAUUCCGUACCCUAGGGGCUUUGGGUUGGGGGGGAGCAGUGCCGUCAACUAUAUGGCCUACACCCGUGGAUCGUCAGAGGACUAUGACCGAUAUGCGCGCGUAACUGGGGAUGAGGGGUGGGGAUGGGAUGAGCUACAGCCCUAUAUCCGAAAGAACGAGCGACUCGUCGCCCCCGCAGACCAUCAUAACACAACAGGCGAGUUUGACCCAGCGGUACACAGUUUUGAUGGCGUCAAUUCUGUCUCGCUCCCUGGAUACCCGCGCGCGAUCGAUGGACGCGUCAUUCAAGCUACGCAAGAGCUGUCGGGUGAGUUUUCGUUCAAUUUGGAUUACAACUCCGGGUAUCAUUUGGGUAUUGGAUGGGAACAGACAACUGUAGGGAAUGGGACAAGGAGCAGUUCGGAAACUUCAUACCUUGGUCCUGGAUAUAUCGACAGGGAGAAUUUGCACAUUCUUAUUCACACGUACGUAACGCGGAUUCUUGUCGCGAAUGAAUCGACUCUCAAUGAUGAGCCGCAUUUCAACACUGUGGAGUUCACACAAGAUGCUGGAGCGACUAUCCACACCAUUUCGCCCCUCAAGGAAAUCAUUCUCUCAGCUGGAUCAGUUGGAACACCCCACAUUCUGCUCAACUCUGGUAUUGGAGACGCCGACGAACUCACCGCAGUAGGUGUUACCCCUACCGUGCACCUUCCCGAUGUUGGGAAGAACCUCACUGACCACCCUCGAUGGGGUGUCGCCUGGCUUGUUAAUGAUUCAAACACGAUCGAGAAC